AACACAUGCUACUUGAGAUAAAUCAUUUUCUUGAGUCUAGAGACUGUUGCCAUGUCCAUCCCGUCUGAAACCCUCCGUCUGCACAAGACCUCCAGGAAUCAUUACCUGUCUCUCCCCUCUGGUGAGGAGUGUCUGGUCACUUAUGUUUUCAUCAAUGAAAGAGGAGAAAACCUAAAAUGUAAAACAAGGACACUGAACCAUGAACCAGCCGGAAUUGAAGAUAUUCCAGAAUGGUAUGCAUCCAUGGGUGUAAAUGGCCGUAGAGCGGAGGUCACUUUGGUCCCAGUCAGAAUGUAUCGAGACCCUUUCACUCUCGACCCUAAUAAACUGGUUCUAUGUGAAGUGGUUGACAACCACCACGUCCCCACAGAGAGUAAUAAGCGUUCACAAUGUGCACAAGUAAUGGAGAAGGUGAAACACUUUGAGGCCUGGUUUGGGAUGGAGCAGGAGUACGUCCUCUUUGAUUUGGAUGGACAGCUCUUUGGUUGGCCUUCUGGGGGAUGCAAGUUUCCUCAAGGGUCCUUGUCUUGUGCUGUGGGACUUAAUAAAGUACGUGGAAGGGACAUCUGUAUCAGUCAUUACAAAGCCUGUCUGUACGCUGGGGUGAAGAUAGAUGGCAGUAAUGCAGAGGGACUACCAGCCCAGUGGGAGUUCCAGGUCGGUCCAUGUGAGGGGACUGAAAUGUCGGAUGAUCUGUGGAUGGCCCGUUAUAUUCUGCACCGUGUGUGUGAAGACUUUGGGGUGGUUGCCUCCUUGGAUGUAAAACCAAUCAAAGAGAAAAAAUGGACAUCAGGCUGUCACAUCAACUUCAGCACCAAGGACAUGAGGGCUGAAGGGGGACUACAGUACAUUGAAGAAGCAGUAAGACAGCUGAGUCUGCGUCACUCUGAACAUCUGCUGGUUUAUGAUCCACAUGGUGGUGCAGACAACAUGCGUCGUCUCACCAGUGGCAUGUGCACCUCCAGUUUCCAUGAGUUCUCCGCAGGAACAGGCUCUCGAAGUGUUAGCGUUCGUAUCCCCGGCCAUGUCAAUUAUAAGAACUGUGGGUACUUAGAGGACCGACGUCCUGCCUCCAACUGUGACCCCUACUCUGUGAUAGAGGCCUUGGUUGAAACCUGUCUUCUGGGAACAUCUGAGGAACAUCACGAUAAUGACAAGAAAACAGUCAACACACCUUGUGCUGUGAUAGCCAACCGUGAUGAGCCAAUGUUUAGGACAGAGCAGUGCAUGUACUGUUCCAAAUCAGGAUAUAAAUGGGAGGAUUACGGAGACAAACAAGCCUGUCAUCAUUCAUUUUACACAGUUGAGGGGUUGUGUGACUCAGACAGCUACAGCAAAGAGUAGCUGAGACCAGUUACACUGGUGCCCUGAUCAAUGCUACUCUACUCAUUGAGGUGGACCUGUCUAAUCCCUGGAAGUCACUGAUGUGCUGUGAGCCUCCAUGAAUUACCUUAUAUUUACAGCCAGUUUGUUUUAACUACAGUGGGUUAACUGAUGAUUAAUGGGUGUCAUGGAACAUUUAGCUACAAUGUCAGGGUUUUUUUGGUGUUAAAAAGGGGUCAAAUCUAUUGAAUAAGCAGAUUAUUUGAGUUCAGGUUGAAAUUUUGGUAAUUCAGUCUAAUAUCACAUUAUGUAGUAUUAUGUCUGUUUUUAUUUUGGGAGGGGCAUAAGUUUUAUGAUUGCCAAUAUGACUUUUGUAAGUUUUCAUACUUUUUUGAUGUCUAGUUUAAUUUCAUGAUUUUGUGAUUAACAUUUUCCACAUUAUAAAAUUUUGGUUUUGGAUGAUGCAGUGAUACAGUCAUUGACAGUAGUAGUAGUUGGUAGAGGGAGUCAGUUGGUGAUGUUCACUCCAAUACCUGCAUUUGGUAGAGGAGAAGCCAGGAGGUAAGUCGGGCAUCUUCGGAAUUUUUUGUCGCGACGUGCCCUUCCGCUGCAGGGAGGUUCAUGCUGCCACUGCAGCCUCCGUUUCCCACAAUGCACGUCAUGACAAAAAAAUUGUGAAGAUGCCCGAGUUACCUCCCAGCUCUGAAUG